AUGAGCCAUCGUGGUUCCGUUCCAAGUCAUCGUGUUAUCAACCGCAACCGGGAGGAAGGCCAUCAAAGACUGUGGCAUGAAUAUUUCAUAGAGGUUCCAGUAUUUCCUCCUCAUCUUUUUCGAAGACAUUUUCGAAUGAACCGACAUCUCUUCUGUAGUAUUGUGGAUGACGUUGUCGCUCGUAACUAUUAUUUUCGUCAAAAAAGAGAUGCUCUGGGAGUUCUUGGCUUGUCAUCACUCCAAAAGGUCACAGCUGCAAUCCUCAAGUUGGCAUAUGGGCAACCCACAGAUUCUGUUGACGAAUACAUUCGGAUCGGUGAAAGUACUGUUAUCCAGUGUCUUCACCAUUUCGUCGCUACUGUUGUUGACGUUUAUGGUUAUCAUUACCUGAGGGCUCCUAAUUCCAAUGAUAUUGCUAGAUUAUUCUCCUUUGGAGAACAAGGAAUGUACACUGGACAUGCUCGUGAACCUACAAUCAUACUGGAAGCGAUUGCCUCAUCAGAUUUACGGAUAUGA